AUGACGGCGACAAUGAAAGCUGCGGUGAUUUACCAGCCCGGUGGGCCCGAGGUUCUCAAGAUCGAAGACCUUCCGAUUCCCACGCCCCAGGAGGACGAGGUCCUCAUCCACAUCAAAGCCUUUGGCCUCAAUCGCUCCGAGCUCUUCACUCGCCAGGGCCACAGUCCCGGUGUCAAAUUCCCCCGUGUGUUGGGCAUCGAGGCCGCUGGUGUUGUCGAAAAGUGCCCCAGCGGCAAAUUCAAGGUCGGUCAAAAGGUGGCCACUGCCAUGGGAGGCAUGGGUCGCGACUUCAACGGCGGCUACGCCGAAUAUACCUGCGUCAAGGUGGACAACACGCAGGCGCUGGACACAGACCUGGAUUGGACCAUCGUGGGUGGUGUGCCGGAGAUGCUGCAGACGAGUUACGGCUGUCUGUUCAAAGCACUCAAAUUGAGUCGUGAGGAUCGUUUGCUCAUUCGAGGGGGGACCACCUCUGUCGGGUUGGCGGCGGCGGCCAUUGCGAAGAACCACGGUUGCUUUGUUGCGGGUACGACAAGGAAUGCUGGCAAAGCCACGGCCGAAUUGAUGCACAAGAGUGGAAUUGAGCAGAUCUUCGUCGAUGAUGGCCAUGUCGCCGAGCAGGUCAAAGACAACAAAUUCGAUAAAGUCUUGGAGUUGGUGGGGACAACCACUCUACGAGAUUCCUUGCGAUGUGCUGUUGAGGGUGGCAUCGUAUGCAUGGCGGGCAUCGUUGGAAACAGCUGGACUAUGGAAAACCUCUCCCCAAUGGAGCUAAUCCCCCAUACUGUCUGUUUGACAGUUUAUUCUGGCGGUCCGGACGAGUUCAAAGAGACUCCCCUGAAUGACUUGCUCAAGCAGAUCGAGGCAGGCACUUUGCCCAUUCAGAUUGGGAGAGUAUUCAAGUUGGACCAGAUUGUCGAGGCACACGAUACCAUGGAGAAGAACCUCGCGCGCGGCAAGAUUGUCGUCUUGACAGAGUGA